AUGAACGGUAUUUCCAAGAAGAUGGCUUCCCAAGCCCCGUCUACCACUUCUGGUUCCCCGUCUGAAGGCCCCUCCACCACUCAUAAUCUGCGAGGGGCCCAUACUGUUGACCCUCGCAGCGAUGAUGAUAUGACGCACGACACCCCACCCUGUCUUAUUCCGCCUGGGGAUAUUGCCACUUGCCUAGAAUGUCUUACUUGGAUUGCUGCUGGACGACGUCCAGCUGAAAUUUGUAACUUCAGUCACUGUGCUAUGGAGCGGGAUAUCAAUCUCCCGUCCGCUCCGCCCGCCCCCGGGGCCCAGCGCCGUGUUGACUAUGCGCGGCAGAUAUGGGAGCUCUACCAGCAGCUCGACCCAGCGGAGCAGGAGUUUCUGGAUCUACUCAACGAGGCAGACUCGUCGGACGAAGAGCACCCUGAGUACUCGGAGGAGAAUCCUAACGGGGAGAUCUAA